AUCUGAGAGGACAUCUAUUUUAGUCGUGUCCGAAUUCAUAGUGGACAUUAGAUCACUGAGUGCACUUAUUCAAUCCCUAUGAUGCAUCAGAAUAACGAGUGUACUACCAAUGAAGGGAAUGAGGGUGUCCAUGAUGAUGGUGCAGGUGGAUGUGAUGUGCUGUAAAUCAGUAGGAACUGAUCUGUCUAUGCUGGAUAUUGAUGAUUUGAUGACAGAAAUCUGUCAGCUGAAGAAAGAGGUGAAGUUACUGGAGACAAAACUCAGAGAGAGAGACCAACUCAACAGAAAGGAUGUAUGUGGUGUUUCUCUCUGUGACUUCACUGAUCAAACAUCUCCAGAUCUUCUGCUUUCUGUCUGUAAUGAAGAGCAGAAGACAUCAGUGAAGCUGCUGGACUGUGAGAUGGAGCUGAAGACAGAAAUCACAGAAGAACAAACAGAUGAAGGUGAUGAGAUUUAUUCAGACCUGAUGAAGGUGAAGGAGGAAAGUUCAGAACUUAUUGUAUGUAACUUCAUGACUGGAGAAGAAUCUGUGCGGCACUUGAAGACUGAAAAGAAUUUGUCACGCAAAGCAACAGACAAAGAUUCUCACACCUGCCCUCACUGUGGAAAGAGAUUCAUUUGUAAAUAUGAACGCAAUAGGCACAUGAAAAUUCACACCGGAGAAAACGUUCCUACUUGUGAUCAGUGUGGAAAGAGCUUCACUCGUAAACACCAUCUUUAUGACCACAUGAGAAUUCACACUGGAGAAAAGUGUUUCACGUGUGAUCGAUGUGGUAAGAGCUUCAGUCGUAAGUUUACCCUUUCUGCACACAUGAGAGUUCAUACUGGAGAAAAAUCUUACAGAUGUGAUCAGUGUGGAAAGAGUUUUAUGUGGGCAACAUCUUGGAAAGAUCAUCUUCUCUGUCAUUCUGGAGUGAGAUCAUUUCAGUGUGAACAGUGCAGUAAAAUGUUCUUUUCUGCAAAUAAACUGAAGCAACACAUGAAGACUCAUACAGGUGUGAAGCCUCAUGUCUGUUCCAUCUGUGGAAAGGCCUUCAAACAACUCUCCAAACUUAAAAAUCAUAACAAGAAAACACACACAGGUGUGGGAUCUCUUAAAUGUUCUGUGUGUGUGGAAACCUUUUCGACAUCAAACCAAUUAAAACAGCACCACAAAUUACAUACUGCUCAGAAAUCUCAUCUGUGCUCCUCAUGUGGACAAGGUUUUCUAGAUUCAAGACGUCUUGAGAUUCACAUGAACAAGUGUUGCAAAGUUCAUCCACAUGAAACUGUUCCGACCACAAGAUCCCUGAGAUCUUCUGUAACUUUUUAGUGAAGCUUGUCUUGAUGGACAAGUAAAACAUUCAGAGAACAUCAAUGUGGUAAUUCUGCAAAACCCUUUUGUAGGUAUGUUACUUCAGCAAUAGUAGUAUUUUAUCAUUGUUGUGCUGGGAAACAGAGGACAAUGAACUGAGGUUUGUGCAGUUUUGGGAUCCAGUAACAUUUCUGUAUACUGGAUAUAAUUCAAUUUAUUUAUUUAGCGCUUUUCACAAUGUGCAUUGUUCCAAAGCAGCUUUAUAGGAUCACAUAAGAAUACCUGAACAAAACUGAAAGGUAAAACGCAGCACAGUGCAUGGUGUUUAUAGAACAAGCAAGAUCAUUCUAAUCAAUAAUAACUUAUAAAUAAAUGCAGUCUCGAGGCGAGGAACCCAAACUCCAAUGAUGAAUAAAUCGAGAAAAAAAACCUUGGGAGAAACCAGGCUUACCCGGUUGGGUCUGAUCUCCUCUGAUGUGUAAUAGCUGCACUCAGUGACCCGGACCAAUGCCACCGAGCAAACGUCCAUGAAGAAGAAGGAGAGCCCACCAGCUGCGACCCAGGAAGUCCCACCCGCUGAAACCAUGCAGGUCCAACUUGGUCCCACUCCGUGAUCUACAACAGAGGAACAACCAGGGAAAAUAGUAAUGGCAUAAUGUAACUUUAUUCCUCUGUUGUCUGACAUCGUCCACAAAACAAGACCCCACUUCCCACAAACACCCACCCAGCAACCUCUAAUCCAAGUCACUGAGCGCAGCUAUAACUUUGAACUGCUGUCAUGUGAUGUAAAUUUAGCAUUAAAUACCAAGUAUACCAAGUAUUGUAAAUUUAGCAUUUAUGUGAUAAGUAGUCCGUCUUUGCUCUUGGUUGGGGAUGGUAUUGUCUGAGAUGGGGCUGAGAUGGUCAGUCAGUGUGCAGGCUCUCUAAAUGAGGAUGGCACAAGAUGUUCAGAUGGAGCUGUGUAAUCUCAAUUUGCAUAUGGGCAUAUGACGUUCAUCUGGGCCUGGCUGUAUGGCUAUUCUGAGGAGGGGGCAGAAAGAGAAUAAUGAGCGUUGCUGCUGUUCAUUAACUAUGCAUUAAGUGAAAACUUGGGUGAAAAGAUGUCUCUUUAUUUUUCUUUAAUCUAGAUUUAAAUUGGGAGACUGUGUCUGACCCUCGAAUAGUAUCAGGAUUCAGUAAGGCUAUUCCAGAGUUAAUGUGCUACGUAUGAGAAAGUUCGACCCUCUUCGGUGGGUUAAGUCAUUCUAGUUGUUAUAAGGAGUUUAAUUUGAGGCAUAUAUGGCCAAAGGUGAAAAUACAUGUGUAUUACUUUGUAAAAAACUUGUGUUUUAUGCUGCACUUUUGAUUGUCUAAGACUCUUUCGUUCACUGGAGAAAAUUAAUGCGAUUAAAUAAAAGAAUGCUUGCAUCUGUUUUAAGUUUAUAUAAUGUUGUCCAUAUUUUAAUAAAAUGAACAGAAUUGUAAGAUUUUGUGUUUUCACAGCUUCUUAACUUGAGGUCUUUAAGGUCCUUUAUUUCUCAUCUAGAUCA